AGCAGAGAAGCCCUUGCCAGUCCUCUUACAUGUAUUAUUCCCGCUGUUCUCACCCUGUUGAAGCCACUGAUCAAUUGGUCAAAGCAAGAUACAGUACCAGACUUGAAGGAACAAAGGUGCUGAUCGUCGUACCGCAUCGGUUCCUGGGUCUGUUCUUUUCUGUGUGUGCGAAGCAAGAAUGGCCUCGAAAGAUGGAAUGUUUUUGGAAGAGGAGGAACGGCGCUGCCUAAUCCGUCAGCUGCAAGCCCAAGGAGAGUUGAGUUCUAAUGGUCGACCAACCUUCUCGCAUGCUAGCGACGGCCCCCGGCAAGGCAAUGACACGGGUUGUCUGAUUUGUGUCAAGGAUGAUGACCACAACAACUUGAUGCUCUGUGAGGGCUGCAACGACGAGUACCACACGUACUGUUUGGACCCUCCCCUGGCGGCUGUACCCGAGGAUGAUUGGUUCUGUGACAAUUGCAGAGCCAAGACGACCCGCACGGCCACCGUCAAAGAUGAUGGAUUUAAUGAUACCGUCAAUGCACUUCCCAGAGAGUACACGUCGCGAUUCGGUGAGGUCUGCUUUGCCCAUGGCGGCAUUGGUUAUGGAUAUUGGCCCAGUUGUGUCUUUGAUCCUCGCCUGACCGAGGGGAGUGCUCGUCAGACAGCCAAAAAGAACUUGGGAAAGAAACAUAUAGUCUACUUUUUUGAGUGCCAAGAGACACCCUUUGCCGUACUCACCAGCAACAAGAUUGUCAAAUGGCACGAGGGCCUCACAGAAAAUUACCAUUUGGGCAAAACCGCCAGGGCGGCCGGGAAACAAAGAGCACUUCAAUUCCAGCAAGCUUUACAAGCCGCCAUUGUUGAAGAGGACAAACCCUUGCAUAUGAGACUGGAUUGGAAUGGUCACGCGGAAGAUCAACCACAGCUGCUCCCCAUUCCCCACAAAAAGAAACCAAAGGAAGCUACCAUUACUAGCAGCGAGGAUCAUCACAAUGUCAUGUCACCGCAACGGGGCAAAAAAAAGAGAACCAAGAGCAGUAAGCGACAUGGAAAACGCAAGGAACGAAAGCGAGGAGAAAAGGAUGCACCGCUGUAUUGCAAGGUUAUGAAACGAGGAGGGAGAAACAACAGCAAGUCAUACAGCAACAUUGGCUUUGUCAAGGUGGACUCUAUGGAAUACUCUUCCUUUGAAGAUGUUCGAAAGGCAAUCAACGAUGAGUUGGUCCCCGAUGCAUUGGCUGAAGGCACCAAUUGGAAAUUUCAUAUUGCCACCUUGGGACCCGUCAGCAUGAAACAAGAGUCAUCCAUGGGUCCAGUUAUUCCUUUUCUGCGAAGUGGAAUGGGUGGAAAUUCAACGAAGCAAGGAAGCGUGGACGACCCCAUUGAAGUGCAUAUCUUUGAAGUUGGAGACAAGCGUUGAUUAAAGUUGCUUGAAAAAAUACAAGUGACAGUGUCAUUCAUUGUUGUGAAGAUGAGGGCUUGCUGUUUUCUUUCUGGAGCCGCCGACACGAAAAGUCGAAGCACAUCCCAAUGAAUGCAUCGGUUUUGCAAGGAACUCACGUAUGAGUUAUCUAUUAACUGUGGCUCAAUUCACAACCGGGUAUAGCGAACGAUAAGCUGCCAUUUAGCAGCUGCUAUUUUUCAGAAAUUGGCUGUGCAGUGGGUAACUACGAGUGUACACUACCACUAAUGACUCGUUGAUGCACAGUCGCGACUUUAGUUGAUCGCAAAUCGUCGAAUCGACUCGACUAGUUAGAUGCACCAAGCAAGCAAACUCUGCAGCCGUCAGUGAUAUGCGCUUUGCACGAUCCCUACUUAAUUCACAGCUCCACUUGCAUCUCGCAAAGAGCCCUGGCUCAUUAGGAAUGUGUUAAUGAUUAUAAGGAAUUACUAGUACUAAUGAUGCCUCCUGGCA